AUGAACUCUCAGUCAACGAUGCCGCAGCCAGCUAUGCCACAGCCAGCUAUGCCACAGCCAAUGAACCCAGCCUGGGGUGGAUCACAUCCUGGUGCACAUCCUGGUGGAUCACAUCCGCUAGAUCCGCGGAUUGCAGCUCCAGUGCAUCAUGCACCAGAUUUAAUCGAUUUAACUUCUGAAAGGAAUGUUCUGCAGUUGGGAUUCGAGGAUAACGAAUAUGUACUUCCUCAUAAUAUGGCGAACAACUCCGCAAGGGUAGAUCCAAGUGUAUUCCGCUGUACGCUGACAAUGGUGCCUCAAACUGAAGAAUUAUUGAAGAAGAGUCGUUUGCCUCUCGGUCUCACCCUUCACCCUUUUCGUGAUAUGAAGAACUUAAAUAUAAUCCAAACAUCAACUAUUGUCCGUUGUCGUUAUUGCCGAACUUACAUAAAUCCAUAUGUUUACCUACCAGACUCACGACAUUGGAAAUGCAAUCUGUGCAAUCGAAACAAUGACCUCCCAGAUGAUUUCUGUUGGGAUCCGAACACGAAAUCAUUCGGAGAUCCUGUGAACCGACCUGAAAUAAAACAUCCAACUGUGGAGUUCAUCGCGCCAAAUGAGUACAUGGUAAUUAGCUACUGA